AUGGAUGGUGGUGACGUUAUUGGCCAUGGAGUAAUGCAAGUUAACUUUGAAGCACACGAUGGGAUUUUUCAUGAGAAUGGUCGUGUUAACGAUGACGGUGAACUGGAUUUUGUUAGUGAUGGAUGCUUGAAUAAUGUUGAAUAUGACAACAGAGUUGUUGAUGAAGAUUCUGAGUUUGAAGAAGUUGAAUACUGUGAUGAAGAUGCGGAAGAAGAUAAUGAAUUUUACGGAUGUGAAUACGAUGAUGAAGAUGGAGAUGAUGAUGGCGAAUUAGAUGGCGAUGAUUAUGAUGACGAGAUAGGUUCCGGUUAUGUUAGUGGACACGAAUAUUGGAAUACAGAUUCAAACGGCGAUGGAAUUUCUGGGGAAGGAUCGGAAUGGGGUUCGGACAGAUUGAAUGAAUCGAUAUCUUCAGAUCAAAUUCCAAACGAAUCAUUUGUUGUUGACGAGUUUGACGACAUUGCAAAUAUGGACAUGUUUAACUUGCAAUGUGAUGAUGUUUCGAAGCUGCAAUUUGGAAGUCUGGAAAUAGCUUACACAUGGUACUGUUGGUUUGCAAAGAUGAACAGUUUUGCAGUCCGUAAAGGUCAAGUUAUUAAAAAAAAGAGUGGAGAUGUUACUCAACAAACAUUUCUUUGUAACCUUGCAGGAUUUAGGCAAAACAAAGUAGAUAAUCGCAAACGUGGUCCGAGGCACGAAACCCGGUGUGGAUGUGAAGCAAAAUUUCGGGUUCAUAUUGAUAUAAUUUCACACCGUUGGUAUGUCACAGUUUUUACCUUUGAGCACAAUCAUGCAAUGUUAAAGGAGAAGCACUGCAGGUUGUUGGCAGGUAAUAGGAAGCUUAGUAAGUCAGAUAAGAUGCAAAUUAAGAAUUUUGGGAAUGCCGGAAUCAAAGUAACUCAAAUGAUUGGUUCAUUCGCUAAUGCUGCCGGGGGGUAUGAUAAGGUAGGAUUUUUGAAGAAGGAUGUACAUAAUCAAAUUGCAAGACAAAGGAAAGAGAUGUCUUCUGAUGCUAAAGGUGCUGUCAGGUAUCUUAUUGAUCUUCGUGUUAAAGAUCCAUUGAUGCUUGUUGCACACAUGGUGGGUGCGGAUGGAACGUUGCAAAACCUAUUUUGGAGCGACGGUGAGAGUCAAAAGAAUUAUGAACUGUUUGGUGAUGUGCUUGCUUUUCAUGCUACAUACAAGAAGAAUAAGUACAGGUGCCCAUUUGUUGUUUUUUCUGGUGUUAAUCACCAUAACCAGACGAUUAUAUUUGCUACUGCCAUAGUUUCAAAUAAGGUUGAAGGGACAUAUGUUUGGUUGCUGGAGCAGUUUUUGGUUGCAAUGAAAGGUAAGACACCUUUAUCUGUAAUAACGGACGGUGAUGUUGCUAUGAGAAAUGCAAUCAGGAAAGUCUUUCCCAACAGUUACCACAGGUUAUGUGCAUGGCAUCUCCUACGAAAUGCAAUUUCCAACAUUAGUAAUCCCGAUUUCAUCCCUGUUUUCAAAAAAUUAAUGCUUGGUGAUCACGAUGUUUGGAAAUUUGAGAGUCUGUGGAAUGAAAUGUUAGAUAGGUUUGGGUUAGAAGAUAAUAAUUGGAUCAAUGAAUUGUACCAAAAAAGGAAGAUGUGGGCAACAGCUCAUAUUAGGGGAAAUUUCUUUGCAGGAAUAAGAACGACAUCGCGGUGCGAAGCAUUUCAUAGUCAUAUGGGACAGUUUGUACACUCGAAGAUGAAUAUGACUUAUUUUGUUAAGCAGUUCCAUAGGUGUGUGGCAUAUUUUCGAUUUAGAGAGGUUCAAGCUGAUUUUGAAUCCCAAUAUGGACAGGCAGUGUUGCAUACCAAUCUUAGGGCGCUUGAGAGGUCAGCAUCAAAGCACUGGACAAAAGAGAUAUUUGAAAUGGUACGAUCUGUUAUGAAAAAGGUAACCUUAACAUCUGUAUUAGAUAUUCAAGAUAUGGCAUCAGUUACCAUUUAUGCAGUGACAAAAUACAGAGACGAAGGGCAUGGAUGGCGUGUUUCCCACUGUCCAUCUGUCAUACCCUAA